UCGAAGGGAAAGUCGCAGGCCGAAAUGAACCGGCAUUUUCCCGUGACCGCCGAAGCCCCAAUCGGACCGCUUUUGGCUUCCCCGCCGUUCUUCUCUUUGGCAUCAAUCUUCUGCACGCUGCCCUCUUCCCCCCUGUUACAAUCUUCCAUUGGCAUUGCCUCUCCACCAUGAGUUCCAUCCGUCGCAUGUCCCCCACCGACCUCCUCUCCCUCAACCUCACCAACCUCGACCCCUUGACCGAAAACUAUGACCUCGGAUUCUACCUCAAUUACCUCAUGCGAUGGCCGUCGCUCUUCAGCAGCGUUCAAGACCGUCGCGACGGCAUCGUAGGCUACAUCAUGGGGAAGCUGGAGGAGCAGCACCCCUCCAUGCGCCACUCGGAGCACUACACCCCUUGGCACGGCCACAUCACCGUUUUGACCGUUGCACCUGCAGCGCGCCGCCUCGGCCACGCCCGCCGUCUCACCGAGCGAUUGGAGCGCGGCUCCGACAUCAACGAUGCCUGGUUUGUCGAUCUCUAUGUGCGCUCCGGGAAUAAGGUCGCGGUGGAUAUGUACAAGGGAAUGGGCUACUCCGUCUUCCGUCGCGUGGUCAGUUAUUACAGCGACGAUCCCACGGGGGUGUCGGAAUCGGGCGAGGACGCGUUCGACAUGCGGAAACCCUGUAGUCGGGAUAAGGACUUAAAGCAUGUGCGCGAGAAUGGCGAGAAUUUCCCCGUGGGGCCGGAAGAUGUGCUAUGAUCGUGGCAGGAGGAUUGGGCUUGGGUGACGCAGCGGCAAAAGACGAGUCAAAGCGGUUUGUUUUGGUUUAGCAUCGUGGUGUUUGGGGAGUUUGUGGGUCGUUUUUAUUAUUGUCUAUGUCUAGAUGCGGUCUGGGGGACCUAUGUAGAUGUGGGAUCCCUUAAAAAAUGGUACAAUAUCCAGUCGGGUUCUGCUGAUUUGCCGAGAGCUGGGAAAUCAGUGUACAAUGCUAGUAUUUAUCGAAUUCUGAUCUAUAUAACAGCCAAUGCAUAUGUCCCUUGAUGAUUAUGUCCAUUACUUUUAUUCCAAAACUCC